GCAGGUCGCGCAGCUGUACAGCGGCCGAGACAUGAGCAGCGUCGGACCCGCGGAAACUUUGCAGUGACCCAAAAGUCACCCAAAGUACACCCCAAAGAAAGUCACGCAACUCACACUCUUUGCACCAUUUGCAAAAAAGACAGAAGAAGCGUUUUCCUGCACACUUUUUUCCCCAUCUUUUUUGGGGGAGUAAAACUUGAAUUCCUAUCAUUUCCCUGACGAGACUCGUGAUGGCAGCGCUGUCACUCGCCUUCUUCGCGCUCUUGGGAUUUAUCGCGACUUCAGCCGGCAAGGCUGGUGAAGAUGAUCGAGAAGUUCAACUGUCACGGCGUCUGAAGGAAUACGGGCUGGUCACCCCCUUCAGCACUGACGCCCACGGACGCUUUCUAUCACACUUGUUGUCGGCCACUCACAAGCAGCGGGUCAGGAGGGAAGCGUCCGAUGAAGUCGCGCCGGAUCAGAGGCUCUUCUUUAACAUCAGCGCCUUCGGAAAGGAGUUCCACCUGCGACUGCGGCCCAACAGCAGAUUGGUGGCUCCAGGGGCUACAGUGGAGUGGCAUGAUGACCCGGGGAGCGUUGAGGGACAUUCCUUAGCGCCCGCCGACAACGGGACGGGCAGGAUAAACUCGUUGAAGACGGACUGCGCCUUUGUGGGCGACAUCACGGACGUCCCAGGAGCCUCGGUUGCCAUUAACAACUGCGACGGUCUGGCCGGAAUGAUCCGCACCGAUGCAGAUGAAUACUUUAUUGAACCUUUGGAAAGAGGGACCCAGGAGCUAGAGAACCAGGGAAGAGUCCACGUGGUCUACCGCAGGUCGGCCUUGUUACGAGGUCCCUCCGACAUCUCCGUGGACUACCACGCACCAGAGCUGCACGAUGUUCCUGGGACGCUGGAUCUAGUGUCGAGGCAAAUCAACGAGACCGUCCGUCAGCGUGAACGCCGCGAUGCAGGCGAGAACGACUACAACAUUGAAGUCCUGCUGGGGGUGGACGACUCUGUGGUUCGAUUCCACGGGAAGGAGCACGUGCAGAAUUACCUCCUUACGCUUAUGAAUAUUGUGAAUGAGAUCUACCACGAUGAAUCCCUGGGAGUCCACAUCAACGUGGUCCUGGUGAGGAUGAUCAUGCUCGGCUAUGCUAAGUCUAUCAGUCUGAUCGAAAGAGGUAACCCGUCCCGCAGUUUGGAGAAUGUGUGCCGCUGGGCUUUUGGCCAGCAGAAGGGUGACGUAGACCACGCCGAGCACCACGACCACGCCAUCUUUCUCACUCGACAAGGCUUCGGACCCACCGGAAUGCAAGGUUAUGCUCCCGUAACGGGAAUGUGCCACCCGGUCCGGAGCUGCACUCUCAACCACGAAGACGGCUUCUCCUCCGCCUUUGUGGUAGCUCAUGAGACGGGUCAUGUGUUGGGCAUGGAGCACGACGGUCAAGGAAACCGCUGCGGGGACGAAACCACCAUGGGCAGCGUGAUGGCUCCUCUGGUCCAGGCGGCCUUCCACCGCUACCACUGGUCUAUGUGCAGCGGACAAGAACUCAAGCGAUACAUCCACACGUACGACUGCCUGUUGGACGAUCCCUUCAAGCACGACUGGCCACAGCUUCCCGAGCUUCCUGGGAUCAACUACUCCAUGGACGAGCAGUGCCGCUUCGAUUUUGGCGUGGGAUACAAAAUCUGUACCUCGUUCCGUACGUUCGACCCAUGCAAGCAGCUCUGGUGCAGCCACCCCGACAACCCUUACUUUUGCAAGACCAAGAAGGGCCCACCGCUUGACGGGACUGAAUGUGGACCUGGGAAAUGGUGCUACAAGGGUCACUGCAUGUGGAAGAACCCCAGUCAAGUGAAACAAGAUGGCUCCUGGGGCUCAUGGAGCAAACAUGGCUCCUGUUCACGCUCCUGCGGGACUGGUGUUCGCUUGCGAACGCGCCACUGCAACAAUCCCGCUCCUAUCAACGGUGGGCAGGACUGCCCAGGCGUGAACUUUGAGUAUCAGCUGUGCAACAUGGACGAGUGCCCCAAGCACUUUGAGGACUUCCGAGCCCAACAGUGUCAGCUCCGCAACGCCCACUUUGAGUUCCAAAGUGCCAAGCACCACUGGCUACCCUAUGAGCAUCCGGACGGCAACAAGAGAUGCCACCUGUAUUGCCAGUCCAAGGAAACUGGCGAUGUGGCGUACAUGAAGCAACUGGUGCACGACGGGACGCGAUGCUCCUACAAAGACGCCUACAGUGUCUGCAUUCGCGGCGAGUGUGUGAAAGUCGGCUGCGACAGAGAAAUCGGCUCCAACAAAUUGGAGGACAAGUGCGGCGUCUGCGGAGGUGACAAUUCCCACUGCCGCACCGUCAAGGGAACCUUCACACGGACCCCCAAAAAAGGCGGCUACCUUAAGAUGUUUCUUAUUCCUCCCGGAGCUAGACAUGUGAUCGUCCAAGAACAUGAGGCCUCGCCUCAAAUUCUUGCAAUCAAGAACCAAGCAACGGGCCACUACAUCCUUAACGGCAAAGGAGAGGAGGUCAAGUCCAGGAACUUUAUCGAUCUGGGUGUGGAAUGGCACUACAUGGUAGAGGAAGAUGUGGAGACGCUACACACAGAUGGACCGCUACAUAAUCCGGUGGUGGUUCUGAUCAUACCAAAAGACAAUGAUACGCGCUCCACUCUGAUGUAUAAGUACACCAUCCAUGAAGAUUCGGUGCCCGUUAACAACAACAACGUUAUCCAGGAAGACUCAUACGAGUGGGCGCUCAAAAGCUGGUCUCCGUGCUCGAAGCCCUGCGCUGGAGGCUAUCAGUACACCAAGUACGGAUGUCGGAAGAAGGGUGACACCAAGAUGGUCCACAGAGGCUACUGUGAUGUCAGCAAGAAGCCCAAGCCUAUUCGCCGCAUGUGCAACCUGCAGGACUGCACACAGCCCCAGUGGAUUGCAGAGGAGUGGGAGCACUGCACGCGCACGUGCGGCAGCUUGGGCUUCCAGUCGCGCACGGUGCGCUGCGUACAACUGCUGCAUGACGCCGCCAAUCGCUCCGUGCACAGCAAAUACUGCGGCGCCGACCGGCCCGAGACGCGCAGGCCCUGCAACCGCCUGGCUUGCCCAUCGCACUGGAGGACCGGAGCCUGGUCCGAGUGCUCGGUGACGUGCGGCGAGGGCACGGAGAGGCGAUUGGUUUCCUGCCGAAUUGGAGACCAGUGCGGCGGUGACAAGCCAGAAAACGUGCGCGUGUGUCGGCAGGGACCCUGCCACGACGAGCCCUGCCACGGAGACAAAUCCAUCUUCUGCCAGAUGGAAGUUCUGGCUCGAUACUGCUCCAUCCCCGGAUAUAACAAACUUUGCUGCGAGUCGUGCAGCAAACGGAUCAGCGGCGGGGCGGUUUUCGCCGAGCCCGAGGACCGCCUGCGCUUCGGUUCCGCCUCUCAGCUGUUGGAGACAUUGAUGGCUAAUGCGACCCGUGCCGGGAAACGACAAAACGGCGGGAAACCGCAACAAAACAGCGGUAAACCGCAACAGGGUGGCAGUAAACAGACACAAAAUUCUGGGAAACAGCAGCAAAACAACGGUAAACAGAAGUCAAACGUCGCUAAACAGCAAAAAAAUGGACGCUCAAGACCGUUAGCCACGCCCACUCUGCCCAAGAAAGCUAAAGUUACGUCAGCACCCAGGAGGAACCCGAGGAACGUCAGCAGGUGGCCCGCCACGUAUUCGGAAGUGGAGAGAUGAGCGGCGCUUUCUUUAACUAUUUUGCUGCCAUUGACGGUGAUAGACAUCCAAUCCAUUUGAAGUGGGAGGGUUGGUAGUGAAUGAACCCUCCUACUUCAAAUGGAUUGGACGUCUACUAGAGAUAAACUUUUUGGAGCUGCAACUUUCAUCCCGCUAUUCUCGUCAGUGACGCCGAAAGAGUUAACCGGACUACGCAGACACAGCAGUUUAAUCUUUCUGGGUCAUCUCAAACCAAACAAAAAAAAUAUAAAUCAUCAAAGACAGAAACAAAGAGGUGCUGGUUCACUUUGUAGUUAGUUACUGUGCUGUCAUACAGAGGAAGUCAGGGCAUCUGCUUCAAAAUAAGAACAAUUUAGACUAUCCAGGUUGUCUGUAAAAAUGCCAAAAUGUCGUGAACGUAACAUGUUUUUGUAUGAAAAUUCAAGACGGAUUUUGACAACUAUGAUCUUUUAGUCGUUAAAAAAUAUGCGGUUUUUUUUUUGUUUUUGUUUUUAACAAUUUAAUCCCUUACAAACUAAAUUGUAUGUCUUUUUAUAAUUAUCAAAGGCUAGUUAUAAAAAUACAAAUAAUCUUAAACAUCAAAGACAGUAUGUUAUUGUAAUUGUCAAAGGCUAUAGAAUAUAAGUCUUAUACAUCAAAGAUAAGUUAGAUAAGGAAUUCUGAUUUUUAAUGAGACAAAGUGUUUUGUGAACAUCAAAGACAAGUAAAUUGGGCAUACCAAAUCAGCUUGUUUUCUCAAAAGUUAACAAAAACAAUCUGGAGCUCGUGCAUUUUUUCAUAAAACAUGAAACACCAAACCUAACCAACGUGUUUUAGCUAGCAGUUAACGUUCACAAUUUUUAUAACAUCAAAGACACAAGUUAGAGCGGCACGAUUGUUUCUACUAUUUAAAAAUCUAAAUAUUUCUUUUCUAAUGAGACUUUUUUCAAACAUCAAGAACAAGCAAAUCAGAUCUAACAGAUGUGUUUGCUUCCAUUAAAAAUCACAAAUAUUAUUUGAAACUUGUGCAUGUUUUCAAGAAACAAGCAAAACAGUCGCAUUUUGGCUAGCAGAUAACGUUCACAUUUCUUAUAACAUUAAGGCCAGUUACAAAACUGUUUUUAUAAAUAUCAGACAAGUUAGUCAUCAACUAACCGCUAGCUUGCACAUUUUAGUAAACAUCUAAGACCAUUAGAUACAAAAAGGAAAUGUAUGCAAUGUUACUUUUAUCUUGUGAUAAACUCUGUGAGAAUGCAGCUAGUCAUACAUUACGCACAAUGUUGUUAUUACAAUGAUUUGAGUUGCCUUUAAUUUAAUGAAUUCUGCAUUAUGGUGCUUCCUUUCCUGCUACACGGCAAUCUGGAAUUACAGGACAAUAAUCAGUAUGGCGAACUGAACAUUUUUUCCCCCUACACCAUCUCAGUGUUAAUGUCACAAAACUGUCAAUGUUUUUACCUUCUAUGUAGCAGCCGCAACUUUCCCAAGUUACGGCCACACGAGCUCAGCUUUGUUUUUCUUAAUUUGUUUUAGGACUAAUGCAGUCAUGUGUAUGGAUGGAUGCAUCAUGCCAGUGGAAAAACACUAACUCCCGGGCUGCCAGUGACAGCGAUAGACAUCCGAUCCAAAUGGGCGUCCGUCACAGUCAAUGAGUGUUUUCAAUUCACUGGCUGCUAUUGAUAUUGAUAGACGAAUCAGAGUUGCUUUUUACAGUGACUGCACCGUAAUUUUGUCAAAUUAACCCGAAACGAGGGAAACACAUCAUCACAUCCAUUGUUCAAUUGGCUAAAUUAACAUAUUGGCUGCUGCUGAGAGCGAUAGACGUCCAAACCAAGUGUUUGAGUUGAAUUGAUGAUACGUACAAAAUAAUUUGGCAAAAAUUGACUGUGCUAUUGGCAGCCAUUGACGGUUUUAAAAAUUAACUACUUAAACUAAGGAAACACAACAAUCAAUCUUACUGCUAAAACAGCUUUAAAGUGCGUAUGACAUAAAAAAACGUUUAUUUCAUAUUUCACGUGGUGUUUUAUGCUCCUGAAUGAAAUGGACCACUUGGAUAUGUGUGGAUGCAAUCGUUUUAUGUAUUCAAUAUAUAUAAUAUAUCUAUGAAAAUGAGUGACUUCCGGCUUCAGUCUAGAAUUUAGGACGAAUGCGAACGUGACGUCACCCGGGUCAGAAUCUCACAAUACAGCAUUGCUUUAUAGCAUGCAGAUGGACUGCGGAUUCAGCUGAUUUUGCGAAUUUGUUUAUUUUUAGCAUCACCCCAGCCAAACGGCUGCAGAAAAUUGUUGCUGCACUAAGGAGAGGCGUGUUUUGGUGGUUUCAAAAGGUUCCCGUUCACCACGGAUAUUGGCCAAAACAAGCCCUACUACUAUGGGACCAUUGGACAUACGAGUUAGUAAGUAAACAUCGAGGUGCGAUGGUAGUGAGUAAACAUCUUAUUUUGUAAUAUGUGAAAUACUGGGAUCAUGGCACAUGUUUUAAUACGAAGGUGGCUUGCUUUUUGUGGCUGAUUGUCCACCAAGAAUCCCACUCGGCCGACGACCGGUGGCUUGUUUGCACACCCCCCUCUAUACUCAGCUUAAUGCCCUCCUUGUGUGCCUCGUGUUCUGUCAAAUUUUCAAUCCCAUCAUAAAUUGCAACUUUGCGUUAAAAAUGGCCGCGAAUACAGCGAUUACAAAGUAAACACUACAAACUUUCUUUAAAUAAAGGACUAUUUAAUUCAGUUUGAUCAUUGACGGACAUGUAGAAAACCCCUCGUCAGACACAUCCUGCCAUGUUAGCUGCACAACAACUGCAUGCCGCUCUCUGUUUACGUCUUUGCCGUGUAGUACAGCAUUAUUUUUACGCCAUAUUGGUGUUGACCAUGUGGCAGCUACGUGCUCUUUCAACGUCGGCCGGUUUGUCCAGUGGUACUCUCCAGCUGCUUUCCCGGCGAGCUUUCCUUCCAUAGCAGGGGAACGAGCUGUAACCUGCUCGCCGUCGGGCGGGUUGCCGAUCAGCAAAGACAAUCCACAACCCCGCCGUCGUGUGAUAUGAUCCGGGCUAGUUUUGUGUGAUUUUUCGUUUCGAAAAGCAAAAAUAAGACUUUGAGACAUCACUCGGUUCGGGUUAGCAUGUCGACUAGCUGUCACGCCUCUUGGUUUGUUCACAUUCUCUGAAGCUGGGGAAGGGAAAUGACAAAAUCCUGACUAACUACGGUGGCAUAAGAUACCGUUCGGGAGGUGCGACAGUAAAGGUGAAGUACAGUUUCGACCAUUAUGGUUUAAUUUUGCCAUGUCGUGCUGAAUACAUGCAUUUUUAUUAUUUCAUAUUCCAUUUAGCACAAGACUGUUAUUUUUCAUGACCAUACCAUUUAUUUAACAAUUGGGGAAAAAUACUUCGAUAAAAAGGAUAUCCUGUCAAAAUAUUGUAGUAGAGAGACUGAAACAAUGACGCAUGGGCAAUGUCGCUUUUUCCUCGUUCUGAAUAAUUCCCCCUCAAUGGGCUGAAUUCUAAAUCAGAUAAAACUAUUACCCUGCGACGUCAUUCUCCUGUUGGGGACGCUGGAGCCCUAUAAUGGUAGAUGUGGCUAAACAGCGGAUUAAAAGAUUAAUUUCUCGUCAUCUGCACUUUUCAAAAUUGUUGUAUAUAGUCGAAUCGGCUCAAAAUAUGAUUCUAAUUCACUUAAUAAUGCUGUUAAAGACCGUUUUUCAUCCUGUCGUACGCACUAUAAUAUUAUUUCAUUACCUAAUACUUGUUCGUUCAUUUGGUCCUGCGAGUCAAAAUGGAUUGGAUGUCUAGCACUGUCAAUAGCAUUUAAAGAUGAGCAUUCACUGCCAGUACUCCCAGUUUUAACGAAUUGGAUGUCUACCGUUGUCAAUGGUUAACUCACUGUAAAAGGGACAAUGUCAGUGCCUUGCAUUCGAUGGGAACGUCGACCCCACCGAUACGGCCACCACAGACACGUCUCACGCUGUCAAUGGCACUGAAACAUGAUCAUUCACUGCCAGCCCUCUCUGCUCAAAUAGAUUAGACAUCUAUCACUCGUCUGCCCAUUUCUUUGCCUCGCUGACUUCCAACGUUUUAGCAGUUAGCUAAACGUCACUAGGGCUGCAGCUAUCGAUUAUUUAGGUAAUCAAUCUAUCAGUGAGUUUAAAUAAUCAAGUAAUGAGAUAACGAACAUUUAAUGUAUUGGAGAAUAAACUUUAGGAUUUGUAAAACAUAAACAGGUGCUUAUGCUUGCAAUGGUAUUUAAUUUAGCCUGCUAAGAUUGCACUUUCAUGUGAAUGCAAAAUAAAAUUCCUGAGUUUCUUCAAAUUACACAGAAUUGCACUUUCCUUCCACAAGAAAUUACCCGAGCUUAGCUUAAAAAAAAAGAAAGGAAAAAAAAAUCCAAUCUAAGUACAACUAAAGAACAAUUGGCUAAGUUUCAUAGCAAAUUCCGCUAGCUUAAAUGGUAUAAAAUGCAUAUGCAGUUAAAAAACAAAAAACAAAAAAAAACUUAAAAAAUCAGACACCUAUUUCCACAAAAAACUGCUGAAUAUACAUCUAAAUUAAAUAAUGAAUUCAUCAACAAAACAUUAACUCAAACAAAACAUACCUUAUGUUGGUCUUAACAGGGAGCAGCUGGAUUCAGCCAUGUUAGACGAGUUAUGGCAUAUUCACUGUUGCCACUCGAGGGCAGUGUAUCCACCCGAAUCAAUAAAACUAAUGCAACACUUUCAAAAUAAACCAUUACAACGGUCACUCUAAUUAAAUGAAUCCUCGAUGCAGCAAAAUUUGAUUUGAAACAUUUUUCUAAUAAAAUUACUCAAAUUAAUUGAUUAAUUGCUGCUGGACUAAAUGUCACUGCCUACCAACGUUUUAACGACGGAUUUCCUCACAACCACCAUGCAUCUGACUGCAAUAAACACACAACACAAUGUACAACAAUGUAUAGUACGUGUAUAUAGUUAGCAUUGAGUGCAGACCUAUUUAUUGAAGGGGCGGUGCUGUUCGCGCAGUUUUUUUUCCCAAAUGAAUACGAUCUACUAGGAUAGAAAUGACAUUGUUUUUUGCAAACAAUUAGAUGUAAAUAUACACGCUCAAUUUUGAGAUGUUUGUCAGCAGGCUGUCUUUUCACAGCUAAUUUGUUUUUUUGUCAAAACCGACCAUAUGAGCGCUUAAUGCUAACAGCUAGUGUAGUUAGCAGCGACAAAACCCCUGAGCCUCCUCCCAGUACUGUAUCCAUACAACCUGUGCAUUGUCAUGUCUCCAUUGUGCUUGUCUUGUGUAUUUUGUGUAGAUUCAAGUGUACACUACUACUGAUGC